AUGACGGUGGUAACCAUAGUGAAGGACAAGGAACGUAUUCUGAAGCACGUUAAGGAUGCUGCACCGAUGAAGGCAACGGCGAUUAAUGUGAAGCAACGUAGCCAGAGCAUUGUGGAAAUGGAGAAAUUACUGAUGAUCUGGCUGGAGGACCAGAACCAGCGAUGUGUUCCAGUGAGCCUAAGUGUGUUCCAGGAGAAGGCUAGAGAGCUGCAUGAGGCAGUAGUGAAGAAACAUGGGGAAGGCAGUGUUAGUGGAGAAUUUUCUGAGAGUAGAGGUUGGUUUAACCGUUUUAAGGCUCAUGCGAAUUUGCAUAAUGUGACGCUGCAAGGUGACGCUGCUAGUGCUGUUAGCGAAUCAGCAGACAGUUUUCCUAGUGGUUUGGCUGAAAUAAUUAAGGAUGGUGGUUACACAGCUGACCAAGUAUUUAAUGUAGAUGAGACUGGCUUAUUUUGGAAGAGGAUGCCCAACCGUACAUACCUUUCCAAGGAGGAGAAGUCAGCACCUGGACAUGAAGCUGGUAAGGAGCGACUGACUUUACUCUUGGGGGCCAAUACUAGUGGCGACUUGAAACUUAAGCCCUUGCUAGUGUAUUCGGCAGAGAAUCCCAGGGCUUUCAAGGGCAUUUUCAAAAGUCAACUCCCUGUCAUAUGGAAGUCUAACAAGAAGAUGGUCUUCGAAGAUUGGUUCAAUAACCACUUCGUACCAGCAGUGGAACAGUAUUUGUCUUCGAAGGGUCUGCCUAAGGUUCUUUUAGUUUUAGACUAUGCCCCUGGUCAUCCUUCAAAUUUUAGUAACAUGCACCCUAAUUUGAAGGUGGUGUAUCUUCCACCGAAUACAACAUCGCUUAUACAGCCGAUGGACCAGGGAGUAAUUGUUAACUUCAAGGCAUACUACCUUAAAAGGACAAUAUGCUCUGCUUUGAGGGCCAUCAAAGGUAACAAGGAGUUGACUUUGAAGCAGUUUUGGAAGGGCUACAACAUCACUGAUGCAGUCAGGAAUAUUGCAAGUGCUUGGGACGAGGUGAAGAUGACCACUUUAAAUGGGGCCUGGAAGAAACUGUGUCCACAGUUUGUGCACAGUUUCGAAGGAUUUGACCAGGCAGAAGAUGUCGAGACUGUGGCGAGGAAAAUCGUAGGGCUAAGCAAGAGGCUGAAACUAGAUCUGGAAGCUGAGGAUGUUACAGAGCUGCUGGCAUCCCAUGGAGAGGAGUUGUCAUUAGAGGACCUCAUUUAG